CGCCCCUAAGACGGCGGGGGGCAGCAGUGGGGGGGACUUCGCAGAGGUAGCUUACUACGUGCUCAAGAACCGCUGCCCUGCGGUGGGCAACCUCACCCUGCGGGAUGUGGACGCCCAUCUCAGCGCCAUCGCCUCCCACCACGCCCAGGGCACCCAAGAGGAGGUGACGCGGGUGCUGACGCUGCUGGUGCGCAACAUGGCGGCGCUCGAGCAGAAGUGGGUCAUCCGCGUGUUGCUGAAGGAGGUGUCGCUGGGGCUGAGCGCCAGCACCGUGCUGACGUGCUGGCAUCCUGACGCCAGGGACCUCUACGACGUCAGCAACUGCCUUGACAAGGUAUGCACGACCCUGCGUGACCCCUUGAUACGCCUCCACGAGGUGCAGGUGUCGCUGUUCGCAGCGUUCCGGCCGAUGCUUGCGGAGCGCGCGGUGCUCCGGAAAAUUGAGAAGCAAAUGCGGCGUAAAACUUACGUCGCUGAGGAGAAGUUUGAUGGCGAGCGAUCGCAGCUACACAAGCGUGGCGACACUUACAUGUACUUCUCCAGGAACGGGUUCGACUACACUAGCAGUUUCGGGGGCUCCCCCCACGAGGGGUCCCUCACCCCCCACGUGCACGGGCUGCUGCUGCCGCACGUGCAGGAGAUCAUCCUGGACGGGGAGGUGGUCUGCUGGCACAAGCAAUAUGGCGUCGUCGUACCUAAAGGGCAGAACCACGACGUUAAGUCGCUGCGCGAGGACGGGCCACUGCAGGUCUGCUUCUGCGCGUUCGACGUCCUGUUGCUGAACGGGCGCGUGCUAACGUCCCUGCCCCUCAGUGAGCGACGUCAGCUGUUGAUAGGCGCUCUGCGUCAACAGGAAGGACGUCUCGUAGUGUCGAAACAACAGGAAGUGACCAACAGGGAGGAGGUCGUGUCGGUCCUCAAUGCCGCCAUAUUGGCCCGGCAGGAGGGGGUCGUACUCAAGGACCCCGACGGACCGUACACCCCCGCCGCCCGCACCGCCGGCUGGAUCAAGCUCAAGCCCGACUACGUGGAGGCGCUGGUACCAGACCUGGACCUGGUUGUGGUGGGCGGCAAGUACGGCGCUGGCAGGCGACACGGCGUCCUGACCAGCUUCCUGCUGGCAGCCGCUCUCUCCAGUGCUGUCACUGACGUGCUGUCACUGACGGUGAGUGGCGCCCACCUCUACCAGGUGGGUGGCGCCCACCUCUACCAGGUGAGUGGCGCCCACCUCUACCAGGUGAGUGGUGCCCACCUCUACCAGGUGGGUGGGUGGCGCCCACCUCUACCAGGUGGGGUAGUGGCGCCCACCUCUACCAGGGGAGUGGCGCCCACCUCUACCAGGUGGGUGGUGCCCACCUCUACCAGGUGGGGUAGUGGCGCCCACCUCUACCAGGGGAGUGGCGCCCACCUCUACCAGGUGGGUGGUGCCCACCUCUACCAGGUGGGUGGCGCCCACCUCUACCAGGUAAGCGCCGUAUUUGCUGGCCAGGAGAUCUGCGUCCUAGAAGGGUCUUCCAACCCUACCAGGAUUGCUAACCCCUCCACAAAACCGACCCCGGAGAUGUCAACCCUUGCACAACCCCCAACAGACCACCCGACCACGAAGCAGACCCUUGAGGUGGCCAUAGCACGGGCUGGAGGUCGUCUCACGCAGAACCCGACCCCGGCGACACUGUGCGUGGUGUGUGAAACACUCACGGUGCGUGCCACGAACUUAUCCACGCACCACAACGUGGUGAAGCCUUCGUGGGUGAUGAGGUGCCUGCAGGAGGGGCGGUUGCUGCCAUGGGGCCCUCGGGACGCCGUGGCCCUCCUGCCUGAGGCCCUCGAGAAGACCCGCCUCACGCACGACCUCUUCGGGGACUCCUACACCGACCCUAUAGACGAACCCUUGCUCAGGGACAUACUGGAUAACAUGCGUGACGUGGAGGUGGAGGAGGGGGAGGUGCAGGAGAUGGAGCAGCUGCUGUGUGGGGGGCAGCAGCGCCCCCUCUUCCAUGACGUCGCCUGCAUCGUGAGUCUGUCGUCAUAA